AUGGGAAACACAAACACCCCCCAGGCCCGCGACAUCCCCGAGCUCCCAUGCUACAAGCCCUACAACCCCGAGCUGGUCGACGGCCAAAUCCCCACACCCUACAAAGCCUACCAGCCCGACAUCCACACCAACGAAGAAACCCCCAACGACGACGAGACACCCAUCCCCCCACUGAUAAUCGACGAAGAAGCCGUCCGCGACUUCCGCGCGAUCUGGGCCCGUCCACCCCGACCCGCCAAUCCCACCGACUACAUGUACAAGCGCCACCGCGUCCACCCCGCCAGGGCGCUACGGAGCAACGACCGAGCCUACGAGCUCUUGAUCGGCGUGGGGCCGGCCUCCGUACCUACGAAGCAGAAGCACAAGCAAACCGCAUUCAAGGACAAACAAGGCGAGAUUCGUUCCCGGUGGAGCUCAUCCUCCUCGUCGUCCGAAAGCGGCGGCGACAUCGUCCACGCAGCAAAUACAUGGGCACUGAUCCUCCGCCCCGUCAACACCCACAACGCAACCUGGUACCUGACCGCGCCGGACGGGAACGACGGGUAUGAACGACUGGUGUUGGAGCGUCCGUUCCCAAACACGCACUUCGGCGAGGCGAAGGCGCUGAAGCUGGGCAUCAUCAAUGCGAAGGAUAAACGGGUCUUUGUGGAAGCUUGCGCGAAGGAGCAGAGCAAGGAGUGCCGGGCGUUUAUCCUGGGGAUUGUGAAUAAGCUGGCGGAUUGCUGUCUUGUUGAGCAGUUGGCUCGUGGGGCGGUAGGACGGCUUGAUCGAUUGACGGCGGGGGAGGGGGCGUAUGAUGCAGCAGAUGAGGAUGAGGAUGAGCAUUUGGAUGUUGGGGAGGAUGUGAUUAUCGGGUUGGAGAAGAGGUUUGCGACGCUCUGUCAACAGGAGCCGUAA